AUGUCGCCAACAGAGGCUGCACAAGUUGAGGGAGGAAACAGUGAGGAGAAUAUGCUCAAAAGGAAUUCGGAUGAUAUUGGAUGGGAGUAUGGUGUUCUUGUUUAUCCUGACAACAAGGACAAGGUGAGGUGCAAGUUUUGUAAUAAGGAGAUGAGUGGAGGGAUUCAUAGGUUGAAGGAGCAUGUGGGUCACGAGGGCAAGAAUGUGAAGAAAUGCAUGGUUAGAACACCGGAGGCUCUAGAGGCUAAAGAGAAAUGCAAGAAAGCACUAGAAGAGGCAAAAAGGAAGAGGGAGGAGAAAACUAUUCGUGAGUUAGAACUUAGACAGGAAGUUGAUGUAUCUAGAGUUGGAGGGUCAGAGGAAGUCACUUGUAUUGGGAGUUCUGCUUCAGAGCCUCACAAGUUAGGUCCCCUUGACAAAUGGACUCGGGCUAUUGAUCCUAAAGCUACCAAGGCUGAAUCUUUGAAGCAACAGCAGCUGAACAAGGAACUUUGGAAACAAAGAACAAAUGAGGUGCAUAAGUAUAUUGCAAGAUGGGCCUAUACACAUGGCAUUUCUUUCAAUGCAUGUGACAAUGAUGAGUUCAAGCAAAUGUGUGAAGCAAUUGGGCAGUUUGGUCCAGGACUUGUACCUCCAAGUCAUGAUUUACUGAGAGACAGAUUGUUGGAAGAAGAAUAUGAAAGAAUGAAGAGUUUGCUGCAGGAACGUGAAGCCGAGAAGAUGAAAAAUGGGUGCUCCAUUAUGACCGAUGUUUGCUCAAAUGAGAUGUCAGGUGUGUCACACACAAGUGAAAUAAUCUUUGAACUAGUGGACAAAGCAAUUGAAGACAUUGGUCCAGAAAAUGUGGUGCAAGUGGUGACUGACAAUGCCUCUAACAACAUGGGAGCAAAUAAACUAUUGGAAGAGAAGAGACCACACAUUUUUUGGACCUCUUGUGCAGCUCACACAAUCAACUUGAUGCUGCAAGGAAUUGGCAAUAUGGCUCGGUUCAGGAAAGUGAUUGACCAAGCAAAGUCAUUUACCAUAUUUGUCUAUGGCCACACAAGAACAUUGGAGUGCCUGAGACACUUCACAGAGGGGAAAGAGGUAGUGAGGCCUGGAGUAACAAGGUUUGCUUCAUACUUUCUCACUUUGUCCAGUUUACAAGAAAAGAAGGACCAGUUAAGAAAGAUGGUGGUGCACAGUAGGUGGGACUCAUUGAAGGAUGUCAAAUCAAAGAAAGGAAAAGAGGCAACAGCAACCAUAUUGAGUCCAACCUUUUGGAAGGAUGUGAAGCUCACAUUGGCUGUUUUUGAGCCAUUGGUCAAAGUGCUCCGUUUGGUUGAUGGGGAUGUGAAGCCAUCCAUGGGUUUUGUUUAUGGCUCACUACUAAAGGCAAAGAGAGAGAUCAAAGAAGCCUUUGGCAAUGUUGAGUCUCGAUACAAGGAAGUCAUAGCUGUUAUUGAAAAGAAGAUGGCUGGAAGACUUGAUUCCCCACUGCAUUUGACAGCUUAUUUGCUGAAUCCACACUACAGCUAUAGUAACCCAGCAAUCUUUGAUGAGCCCAAAAUAACAGAAGGAUUUAUAGCUGCUGUUGAGAAAUUUUAUUAUCAUGAUGAGGACAAGCAACAUCAGGCUGCCAACAUUGAACUGAAAAUGUUUCAGAAUAGAGAAGGACCAUUUAAUAAGAAGCUUGCAAGGACUUUUGAGAGUUUUGACUACAAUCCAGGUAGAGCGUCAUGGUGGUGGCUGUAUGGAACAGAGGUUCCUGCUUUACAGAAGAUGGCUACAAGGAUCCUGUCUUUGACAUCAAGUUCUUCGGGCUGUGAAAGGAAUUGGAGUGUAUUUGAAGCGGUGCACACUAAGAAAAUAAAUAGGCUUACUACAACUCGCCUAAACAAAUUGGUCUAUAUUGAAUUCAACUCCAAACUACUUAGUAGGAGAGAAAGGAUCAAGUCAAAGAAACUCCCUGAUGUUCUCUUGUCUAGUCAAACUACUGAAGCUCAAGGUUUUCUCCAAGAGGGUGGAGAUGAUUAUGCAUUAGUUGACUUUAGAGAUGAGGAAGAUGAGGAAGAGAUGGAAGGUACAGGAAUACCUUGGUCUGUGAUUGGAGAGGCAGUAGGAGCAGAAGAACAGCUAGAGAGGCGUAGAAGUGCAAGAGUGAGGGACCUCUAUGAAGGAGAAGAGUUUGAGUCUGAAGAAGAAGUCUUCGAGGAAGAUGAGGAUGACUAUGUUGAACCCUACUGA